AAAUCGAUUCGCACAUGAGUACUCCUGGAGGAAGCCCCAUUUUGAGUAACGCGGAUUUAGCUGUUUUACAGGCUAGUGUUACAAAGGAUGUGUUUGAACGGAUUUUUGAUACUUGCCAGAAGAAAUGUAUCGCGAACUACAAAACAAACUCUUUAGAAAUUGGAGAACAAGUCUGUGUUGAACGGUGCACCAAGAAGUGGUUCGAAGUUUACAACUAUAUUGUCACGAUAGCAGAGGAGGCUACCACAAAGUGAUUCGUACAUCCAUUUAGUAAAUAUCUGCUUGUUAUUUUCCUUGUUUGUUUUUUCUUAAAGUCUAUUUUCUGCUACAGCAAUUGUGAUAUUUCAAAUCGCACUCUUUUCUAUAAGGCCAUUGGUAGUUUUUUGUAACAGACGUAGAUGGUUCUGUCACAACUAGGGCUUCAGAAAGGAAUAUGUCGCAUGUGGCAAAAGGGAGAUUAACAAAAACUCGAGAGUCGAAUUAUCCGAUAAGUCCAAGCUACAAGGCUUCGUCGAACCCGUCAUCUUAUCAUAGGCGAGUAGCGUUUUCUGAAGAAAUUCACAAGCAAAAUCAAAAUUCUAAGAGGUAUACGAGUCGGUGGAAUGCAGAAAUUACACAACUCUCUGCGGGUGGUCCCUGGAGCGAAGAGGAGCUCAAACUGCCUCGUUACAUGCGCUCUACUGCUAGUUCUCGUCAACGACUUAAAGAAAAUAUGUUGUCGAAUGGAGCAAAGAACUCUUCGCACCGAGUUUCCCACCGAAGAACUGUUCCUGUGCUUCAUUCUGAACGAGAAGCGUUUCAUAAGCAUAAAAAGGAUUCAGUGUAUCCGUAUCGUGAGUAUAAUCAAAGCUAUUUUCCGGUGAUUAACGAUAGCACUGAUUAUCAAGCCUCCAAUGAAACGAUUGUUGAAGAACAAAUGGUACAAUCUGAAUCCCUCUGUGUUGCAAUAAAAAGACGAUUAACUAGUUGAAUAUAGGGUUUCAAUACUCUU